AUGGAUAAGCCUCCGAAGGCUCCACUUAUGGAUGGCUCUGUUAUCCCAUUUGAAUGGUAUGAUGAAGCAUGUCUACAAGCUUUGGCUAAGAUGAAUGGUGAAACUGUCACCUUUGGGGCUGGAAAAACUAUUGAACCCGAGAUUGCUGCUUCCGCUAAGGUUUCCAAAGGCUCUUUACCAUCAGCGGAAGUUGUCGCUCUUGUGAGUUCUACAAUGUCAGCCUCUCCUCUUGAGGCCUCAGAUUCUGAUUCUGAGCCUUCAUCUGAUGCUCCUGAGGCUGCUAACUUGAAAAGUUCAGCCUUGCCUCCUAAGGUUCCAUCUCAGGAUCCGGAGGCUUCGGGCUUGAAGAUGUCAUCUUUGCCUUUAGAGGUUCGUGGAUUGGAAGAGUCUAGGGGACUUAUUGUGGUGACCUUCCCACGAAAGUCUCGUUGCUUAAUGAAGGAACCAAUGCUAGCCUACCUGAUGCAGCUGGAAAAAAUGGCCAAGAUGCGGCUGAGUGGAAAUGACAUUUCAACACAACAGGAUCCCGAUUGCAUGAGGUAG